CCCAUAAACCACAGCUCGUUCGGUGUUCUGAGAGGGCAACUCUCAGCAUCUACGUGGAGGAACUGCACCGCAAAGCGCCUGUGAUGCUUCCUCUUUCUCUCUCUAAUAGCUCUGCAGCACUCCGAUCUCUUCUGCCAGGCCACGAUGAACUCCACAAGCGACGCCUCGCCGCCGCCGGUCGCCGACGGAGGCUCCGUCGGGAUGCUCAGCUCCGACAGGAUCAGCGGGUUCGGCUACGGCCUCGGCGUGUCCAUCGGCAUGCUCCUCCUCAUCACCACCAUCACCCUCGCAUCGUACUUCUGCACCCGAGCCACCACGGCCUCCCCAACUUCGGGCCCACCCCCUCCCCUGCACCGGGCCGCGGCGAGGAGGCCGGCUGAACAGGAGACGACGGCGGCGGCGGGCGGCGACGUGGAGGCUGGCAUCGACGAGGACACCCUGAAGAGCUACCCCAAGGUGCGGUACUCGCACGCGAAGCUCCGCCGCGACGUGGCGGGCGCGGCCUCCUGCUGCUCGAUAUGCCUGUCCGAUUACAAGGACGCCGACGUGCUGCGGGCGCUGCCGGAGUGCGGGCACCUGUUCCACGUGAAGUGCGUCGACCCGUGGCUACGGUUGCGCCCGACGUGCCCCCUGUGCCGCACGUCCCCGCUGCCCAGCCCGCUCGCGGACGCCGUCCCCCUGUCAACACUGGCAAGGCAUCCAUGAUCGAACAACAAGAGAGUAGCAGAUGCUACACCUAUCGAAGUCUAGAAUCAAGCAAUUGACUGCUUCAGGAGUUGUUUUAGCAGGGAGAGGGGACAGAGACAUGAAGAAGCAACUUCUCUCUUGGCUAAGUCUUCAGCACUCCGUAAGCA